UUUUCGCAUUUGUUUUAUGGUAGUAGUUUUUCUAUGUUGAUUAAUAGCUAUGAUAUUUGUUAUCUUAAUGAAGAUGGUGAUAGUGAAGUUAGAUUUGCAGAUAGUAAUUUGAGUGGCAGUCAUAGUGGAAGAUUAAGAGGUCAUGGUAGAGGAUUAAGAGGUCAUGGUAGAGAAUCAAGGGGUCAUAGUGAAGGAUCAAGAAGAUCAAGAGGUUGUAGUAAAGGAUCAAGAGAUCAUAAUAGAGGAUCAAGAGGUUAUAGUGAAAGAUUAAGAGGUCAUGACAAAGGAUCAAAAGAUGGUCAUAACAGUGUAUUAGAAGGUUGUGAUGAUAAAGAGUCAAGAGAUUAUAGUAGUCAUA